AUGGCAUCACGCAGGUCGAGGUCUCCAUCGACCCCUUCUGAGGGUGAGAUCAUCGAAUCAGGUUCAGAGACGAAGGCAACUACGUCGCAACUUCCUCUUAAUGGCACCAGCGUUGACCGUCCCACCAGAGCCAGUACGUCAUCGGCGCCCAGAUCCUCCCCGCCGUCGGUGAGCAGCAGAUCGCCUCGCCACCGGAGGCCGUCGAGGACGAGGUCCAGGUCGAGGACGCACUCCCGAUCUCGCUCUCCCUACCGAGAUUACAGAGGAUACAAGCGUCGCCGUGACGAUGAGUAUGAUGAUCGGCGGUUUCGCCCCGACCCACCACGACGCGCCGCGUAUCGAUCCGAUGACAGAUAUCAAGAUCGAGAUUACUCCCAGCGGCGCCCAAGGUCCUACUACGACUACGACCGGGAGGAAGAUCACUACGUGGGUCUCCGAUACGGCGAUGACUAUGACCGACGUAGAGACAAGCGGCACUGCACUCGAAGCCGCUCGCCGUAUCGCGAAGUCCGCAAGCCCAAGCAAUACUCGGGCGACGAGUGGAAACCCCAGAGGGCGGAAAGUGCUGCCUCUCGGGAUGGCAGGAUAAGGUCAUCCACUGAACAGUUAGUGAGCGAACGAGGGAACACUCCAAUCGUCGCUCCAGAUUCUAAACAAGAUACUGAAACUCGAAAGGAUCAGGUGCAGCCAGCUUCUUCUAGUCUUAAAGCCCGUGUCGAAGAUAGUUCAAUUGAAACCACUACGCACGGUAACGUGCAAGAACCGGAGCCAGCUGAAUCAAUUGACGAGGAGGCCCAGUUGGAAGCUCGCCGGAGACGGCGAGAAGCUAUCAGAGCUAAGUAUAGAGGACAAGCGACUCCUUUACGUCUGCAGGCUCUCCAUAUAGACAGCGACAGAAACUCGUCUACAUCGAAUGUUGAUCGAGCUCUGGCGAACAGCGCAGCAUCAGAUUCGCAGCAAUCAGCUUCCCAGACGCCCAACGAUAGCACCGGAGAAUCGUUCCCUGAAUUCAAGGUUGGCACCGAUGCUGACCUGGUAAAUUCUGGAGCUCCCAUAGAUGGUGCGGAUCAAGACGAACCAUCAGCCGCGGAUUAUGACCCCACUUUUGACAUGAAAGCUGAAAGGCAAAGGCAUACGAGUGAUGGCAUUUCCGCGACUUCCUACGACGAGACCAAAACCACGAAGCAGGACAUUCUGCUGCCGGAUGCGGCUCCCGUAGAGCAAGCUCAACUGAAAAUGAAAGACCCUUAUGACAUGUUCGCGGAGGACGACGACGACGACAUGUUUGCUGAACACACACAUGAAAAUGCGCAGCCCGCACAUGCAUCGGCUAUGCAAGCCGUGCCUCAGCCGCAAGAGCUUGAUGUCAGCAUGAUGGAUAACUGGGAUGACCCCGAAGGGUAUUAUAAUGUUCGCCUCGGUGAGUUAAUCAAUGGGCGAUACCACGUGCAGCAGAAUUUAGGAAAGGGGAUGUUCUCUUCGGUCGUGCGCGCGACGGACUCGAAAACCGGCAAUCUGGUUGCUGUCAAGAUCAUUCGGCAAAAUGACACGAUGCGGAAAGCGGGCAUGAAAGAGAUAAGCAUACUGGAGCAACUUCAAGAAGCCGACCCAGACGAUCGGAAGCAUAUCAUCAGAUUUGUACGGCACUUCGACCACAAGGGUCACUUGUGCAUGGUAUUCGAGAAUCUCAGCAUGAACUUGCGCGAGGUGCUGAAGAAGUUUGGACGAGACGUCGGCCUGAACCUGCGAGCAAUUCGGGCGUAUGCCCAGCAGAUUUUCCUCGGUUUGAGUUUGCUACGCAAAUGCAACAUUCUCCAUGCGGACCUGAAACCCGACAACCUCCUGGUCAACGAGCAGCGCAAUGUACUCAAAGUCUGCGAUCUGGGCUCGGCCUCACCGGCGACGGAGAACGAGAUUACACCGUACCUGGUCAGCCGGUUCUACCGGGCGCCGGAAAUCAUCCUGGGGAUCCCCUACGACUACGCGAUCGACGUGUGGUCUAUUGGCUGCACGCUAUUUGAGCUCUUCACGGGCAAGAUCUUGUUUACAGGGCGAAAUAACAAUCAGAUGCUACGCUCAAUCAUGGAAUGCCGUGGCAAGUACCCGCCGAAGCUGCUGCGGCGAGGGACGCUGACACAUCAGCAUUUUGACGAGAUGCUGAAUUUCCACAGCACGGAAGAGGACCGGAUCACAGGGCGGAUGACGACGCGGGUCCUGGACUUCAAAAAGCCGGCACGGGAUCUGAAGACAAGGCUGAUGGGCAAGGGCACGCGGGGGAUGUCAGACAGCGAGGUGAAAGAGCUGACGUUGUUUGUGGAUCUGUUGGAUCGGUGCCUGAGCCUGAACCCGGAGAAGCGGUGCACACCGGCGGAGGCGUUGAAACAUCCCUUUAUUGCGCGGCCGAAGACCUAG